ACAGGUUAUUCAUAACCAGAUUUCUCUCGUUACUACUCUUACGUUUGGUUUUGUGCUCUGAAACGUCUUCUCAUUGAAGAAUCUUCAAGAUGGCUUUUAUGAUGCCAGUGGUCAAGAAUGAAUACGAUAUCUACGGAAGUAGGAGAAGCUCGACUUGCAGCAAUCAGACAAGAUCGAGAUGCCCUACAAGAUCCAGUUCAGUGACUGCUAGCCUUUCGUGUUCGCCAGGCAGCGAUCUGGACUAUCGUCUAGCAUCCGUAUCGAUGGGUUGCUCUCGACAUUCUAGAAAUGGUUCCGGAUGCCAAUCGGAGAUUCCAUCACCGAAAUCGGCUUCUAGCGUAUCCCUUCAGAAAUUCCACAGUCGCCUGUUGGACAAACUGAAGAAGAAAUUGAAAAUCAAAGACGACGAUAGCUCCGAUGAUGAAGGACAGAAAAUGGCUUCCAGGUAGUGAAUGAACUUUUUAUGCUUAUACUAUGUACAUAGUCACAUUGUAUAUAUGUGUAACUAGUAUAUUCGGGCCUGGAGCCGGAAUCUCGCGUGAAGAAGCCGUGAUGACGAGUCGUUUCUCGCUAACAUCUAGAGAAAUGCCAUCCAGUAAAGACUGUGAAAGACAUUUUAAAAGACUCUCUUCAGUGCUAUAACAUUUUUUUGUACAUAUUUUUAAAAAAAUUCGCUUGACGACUUUGCUAAGAAAGUAAGCAAGAGAGCCAUGUCGCGGUUUGUACAGAAAGUAUUAUAAUAUGGAGCUUGUGUUAAUUUAUAUCAUUCCAAUUGUUGUGAAAGUAAAAAAAAAG